AUGUUGUUUUCUAAUAAUUCCAUGGCAGUCUCAAGAUUAUGUCAUAUCAUUGUCAAGUAAGUACUCAAUUGAGGAAAAAAGGCGAGGGGCCUGUCGAUUCAGGCUAAAAAUAUUUGACCGGAAAAUUCGAUCACCCGGGGCCGUUCAAUAUUUUUGGCUCAAUUCACACGGACCUAUAUACGGCUGAGCGUCUACAUUUUCGUACGGUUAAUGUUGUUCCGUGUGAACGGAAAAACUAAAUGCACGAAGUUUCAACCGGUUCGGUGCUGUGCGGUGUAAACGUGUCCUCAAACUAAGUACGAUAGAGUGAUUUUCGUAUGACCUUGAAAAAUGGUUUCGAUAAGUGUUCGUUAUUUGUUUUUUCAGCCAAUGGAUGAAAAGAUCAAAACAUGGACUCUUCGUUUUCCCGCCAAAGAAAACCCUGAUAUGGAGAAGGCAUUGUUCGAUUGGCCAAUCGUGUCGAAGUAUGACGUCAAAGCGAAGUAUCAGUUGAUUUCUAGAAAGUUCUCAGGCAUGAAGUUUUUUCACCCGAGCGUUCGUUUAACCAACGAAAAGUCACCCGCGUUUGUAUCUGUUCAAUAAACCAACCAAGUCGCUCUCUUUCCGUUCGUUUGUCGUUUCUGUUUUGUUGGCGAGUUUUGAUUUUGAGGUGAUACGAAAAUCGCUCUACAACGGGAAAUGCAAAUGAAAUGGGACGUCUCGUUGAGGACGUGAACACACGGUUACGAGUUUUCCUUUCUCGUUUUAAACUUGGACGCGUCCCCUGAGUAAUAAUGAAACUCCAGAAAAAUUCGCCUACAUACCUUUGGACAAAAUGAUUGGAUUAAAGUAAUCGCCAUGAGGGCUGAACCAACUUCGUUUCAUAAGCUGAAGUAACCAGGACGACAACGACGACGAUCAAAACGACAGCUCUACACGUGCAUCACGCUUUUUAGUACAUUUUUUUGACGUCCACUGCACGACCACGACGUGAAACCUCCUAAAGUGUCGUUUUAUGGAGGAAGUGAACAUACGACGACGAACUUUUCUUUCUCUUUUUGAAACUGGAUAAAAUCCUUAAGAAUUCAUCUUCAGGAAAAAUCGCCUACUUUUGACAAAUUGAGGGGUCCAAAUAGACGCGAUUAAGUUUGAAAGGACGCAAAUUCAUUUUUUACCGACAUUUUCGCCGUCGACGUCAUAGUCUUCGGUGCUCCCCAGCCCCAGGCCCGGUUUUUGUGGGAUUGACCAAAGCGUCAAAGUAAUUUAAACUAAUUCCAAAGUCUUAUCGAUCUAUUGCUUUCAGUUACAAGAAGGAGUUUGAAUCGCUCAAAAUAUCGCAAGGAGAAUCUCAGGUACGUUUGUAAGAGCAGGGGGCAAUCACAGAUUUGCUGUUAAGAUUUUGCCUGGUUUCUUGUCGUUGGCCAAGACAAUUGCCAUACGAAGAAAUUUUACCGUAACUGAAUAAGACAGCCGUAGGAACGUUGAUCCAGCGAAUGUGGUCACGGCGAUCCGCAAAAUUAAACUCCCGCAAGCCUCCCGCAUAAUUUCGCGUCACACGGUAUGUAGGUCCGCAUUGUGUAUAUGUUGUGGUUCAAUUUUAUCCUCGGUUCAAAAUUUUUUUUCUUUUGUUUUUGGGUAUGGUAAUGUGUGAUAAUAACAUGAUAAUGAGUUGGAAACAAAAGAAAAUAAAUUUUGAACCAAGGAUAAAAUUGAACCACAACAUAUAUACUGUCUAGAACCGACAAUAGCUCAGUGGUCAAAGCGCCUGACUGGUGUCUGAAUUGGAUUGGUGAUUGUCAUUCCCACCGGGCACGCGGACGUAUGGAUCUUAUUCCUUUGCCCCACGCUUGUGUCGACAUGACAAGUAUAACAUCUUUCUCGGUUUUAUUUUUUGUCAACAGAGCACUCCGCUGGCAUUUCCCGAUGGAUUUCAAAGUAUACAGAGAUUCAAUCAGUACAUUUUGGAUAUUUGCGAUAGUCUGUGGCGAAACAAAGCCUUCAUAGAUAGGGAGAAAUCCUUUUGUUUCAGUAUUCCAAGGUUGGUGAUGUACCGUCGAUUGCAUUUAAGCGUGGACACGACUCAAGAAAACAUGUUCUAAUUGAGUGUUAGACAUGACAUGAUUGGCCGCCAAACAUUUGAAGUUUGAGGACCGUCAAAGCAAACUGUUACGCCAAAGGUUUAAGUUGUUUAUAUGUUUUUGAGCAUCGCGUUUCGAUUAUCUUUUAAUUUUCUCAACUUUCAGGAAUAUUUUUCGCUNGAAACCUCCUAAAGUGUCGUUUUAUGGAGGAAGUGAACAUACGACGACGAACUUUUCUUUCUCUUUUUGAAACUGGAUAAAAUCCUUAAGAAUUCAUCUUCAGGAAAAAUCGCCUACUUUUGACAAAUUGAGGGGUCCAAAUAGACGCGAUUAAGUUUGAAAGGACGCAAAUUCAUUUUUUACCGACAUUUUCGCCGUCGACGUCAUAGUCUUCGGUGCUCCCCAGCCCCAGGCCCGGUUUUUGUGGGAUUGACCAAAGCGUCAAAGUAAUUUAAACUAAUUCCAAAGUCUUAUCGAUCUAUUGCUUUCAGUUACAAGAAGGAGUUUGAAUCGCUCAAAAUAUCGCAAGGAGAAUCUCAGGUACGUUUGUAAGAGCAGGGGGCAAUCACAGAUUUGCUGUUAAGAUUUUGCCUGGUUUCUUGUCGUUGGCCAAGACAAUUGCCAUACGAAGAAAUUUUACCGUAACUGAAUAAGACAGCCGUAGGAACGUUGAUCCAGCGAAUGUGGUCACGGCGAUCCGCAAAAUUAAACUCCCGCAAGCCUCCCGCAUAAUUUCGCGUCACACGGUAUGUAGGUCCGCAUUGUGUAUAUGUUGUGGUUCAAUUUUAUCCUCGGUUCAAAAUUUUUUUUCUUUUGUUUUUGGGUAUGGUAAUGUGUGAUAAUAACAUGAUAAUGAGUUGGAAACAAAAGAAAAUAAAUUUUGAACCAAGGAUAAAAUUGAACCACAACAUAUAUACUGUCUAGAACCGACAAUAGCUCAGUGGUCAAAGCGCCUGACUGGUGUCUGAAUUGGAUUGGUGAUUGUCAUUCCCACCGGGCACGCGGACGUAUGGAUCUUAUUCCUUUGCCCCACGCUUGUGUCGACAUGACAAGUAUAACAUCUUUCUCGGUUUUAUUUUUUGUCAACAGAGCACUCCGCUGGCAUUUCCCGAUGGAUUUCAAAGUAUACAGAGAUUCAAUCAGUACAUUUUGGAUAUUUGCGAUAGUCUGUGGCGAAACAAAGCCUUCAUAGAUAGGGAGAAAUCCUUUUGUUUCAGUAUUCCAAGGUUGGUGAUGUACCGUCGAUUGCAUUUAAGCGUGGACACGACUCAAGAAAACAUGUUCUAAUUGAGUGUUAGACAUGACAUGAUUGGCCGCCAAACAUUUGAAGUUUGAGGACCGUCAAAGCAAACUGUUACGCCAAAGGUUUAAGUUGUUUAUAUGUUUUUGAGCAUCGCGUUUCGAUUAUCUUUUAAUUUUCUCAACUUUCAGGAAUAUUUUUCGCUUAGAAACAACGCACUUGCUUUUUAAAAAUUAUUCUGAUUCUAUUAGACUGAUUCUUCUCAACGGCGAGAAAGCAAAUCAAGUCGACAAACAGCCGCCUACUUUGCAUGUGAACAUUCGUCUAACGCCAUCCCAAACUUCGAAUGUUUGGCGGCAAAACAUGUCAUGUUUGCACCCUUUUCGUCACGUGUACACACUUAGAUAUAACCAGGAGAUAGAGAGUAAGUCGAAGAUCUGCUAAGAAACGGAAGUAAUGCUUUCUUUGACUGCAGCUGCAUCAUAGAGUUACCGUAUUUACUCAAAUAAGUGUCGUAUUCAGGGAAAAAAUUAAAAAGGCGCCGCGGCUUUGAUAUAAUCAAAAUCGAAAGACUACAUUUCUUUGUCGCGUCCAACUUUCGGAUAAAUGCCACCCUCGAAUAAACGCCGCACUUGACGCGUAAAAAAUUCGAUAAGCGAGCACCUCGAUGCCUAUUAGGGUAUGAGUAAAUACAGUACUUUAGCACCCUCGCUUGCUUUACGAAUAAAAAUAUGAAAAUGCUCAAAAUGAUGGGGAAGUUGAAAUCGUUGAGACGCAAAUACUGAGAAGGAGAGAAGAAGAGCGGUAUGUGAAGUCCCGUCUCUCUCUUAAAGCAGUAUGUAUUCACUUUGCAACCGUCGUUUGGGGCCAAAUUUAAGAAAACAGCCGCUUGGUUUAGCGUGAACUUUUAGAGAGAAACAAGAGCAUGGGACAUAAAAAGAAUCUAAGUUUCUUGUAGAAUAAGAACUCAUGAAAUCCAAGUUACUUUCAUUUCUUUUUCUUUUCUUUUUAAGCUCAGUGACUGACUCUCUUGCUGUGCGCCACAUGAAUGAGUUGUUUUCAAUUCAUCACCACAUAUCUUUGGUGGGAGAAGCUUGGACAUUUCUACAUCAGGUGAGGGACUGAUUGCUUCUCCACGAGUUGUCAAGUUAACCACAUCAAUACGAAAUUCUGCUUUCUCCAGUCUCAAUUUCCUUAGCUUGCUCAGGAAUAGUCUCUUUCGAAGCUUUCGCAUCUGGUUUAGAAUCCGAAUCUGACUUAACAUUUUCUUUUUUAAAUUUCAAGACUCAGUCUGAAGACAUGAAGCUCACUCCAAGUUUAAUUAAGGUAAGGACUUGCCGGCAAGAUCAUUUUAAUGAUAAACUUUUACCUUGAAAACGAACUUUAGGAUUUUUUCCUUAUCUGGUAAAAACAGAUUCCUUGGGCGUAAACAGACUAAAAACUUAAUGCGUCUGACUUCACUAAACCAAUCAAAUUGUUCGUUUGUUGUCUUCAUUCGUAAACUUUGCACGAAAAUCGCUCAAUGACUUUCUUGGCCUUCAUAAAAGAUGUUAAAAAAUGGGAAGGCGAUUUCUAGCAGGUAUUCUGUCUAACGUGGCCCUUGUCAGUGGUAUCAAAACAGACAGACGUUUCUUCUUGUUUUCUCUUUUGCAGGGCCGAUCAAGACGUGCUUACAUGGACUAUUUAAAACAGAGGAAUAUUGGGGGUAUUCUUGUUUUCCUGGAUACCUUUAUCAGACCACGUUCGUGAAAUCGAUAUGGAAUCGCUGUGGCUCGGAGGUACUGAAUAAUUCCUAGGGCGAAAUAGACCUAAAAACGUUGCUUAAAAAGACAUAUAUGAACUUGACACAAAGUGUAUCGUUUUGGAGCGUGAAUUGAGAUCGUCCGUCGUGCUGAACCUACUCAUUCCAUGAAGAGAGUUAAUAUACAUGCUGAUAAAGGAGAUAUUUUUCAGUUAAUCUUGAAGUCGGUUGCAUGGCGUUUUCCCACAGGUCUUAAGUAAGCUUCACGGUCAUGCGUUUCGGUGGACGGAUCCGUCAAUUCAUCGCUGGGCAACGUGACCCGAACAAAUGGACCGAGGGGAUAAGGGGGCCUGGGCAAACUCAAACGACCAAUAAGUGGCUGAACAGAACUUUUUCAUUGACUUUCGCUAGCAAGGCUAUCUUUUCUUCUUCUCUUGUGAUGCUUUGUCAGAGGCCAAAGGUUUUUGCAUUUACCGGGGAAUGUUAGCUACACUUUACCUACACUUUUACAGAAAGAGUGGACACAGGGGAAAGAAGGGAAUAUGAUCUUUGUAAACAAAAAGAAAACUG